AUGGCCGAUCAAUUGACCGAGGAGCAAAUUGCCGGUAAGAAAACGGACGACGAGAAAUUUGAUCGUCUCUCAUUUCCCUGCGAAGAAGAAAUUUAAUGGAUGCAAUAUUAGAGGGACCAAGGCGCGCAUUUUGUGCAAGAAUUUUGGAAAAGGAAUACGAUUUUUGGCAGUGGGUCUCGCAACGAAUAGAAUUUAUGUGCUGGAAAAACAUUUUUCUUUCCGAGCUUUUUUCCUAAUUUGAUUGGUUAUUGCCUUUGGAAAUGAACCGGGGGUUUCGCUGCUGAAUAAAGUCUAGGAGUUGUUGAAAAAGGGGAGAAACAUGUUUAAUUUUCAGAGUUCAAGGAGGCGUUCAGCCUGUUCGAUAAGGACGGCGACGGCACGAUCACGACGAAAGAAUUGGGAACGGUGAUGCGAUCGCUGGGACAGAAUCCGACGGAAGCGGAACUGCAGGACAUGAUCAACGAGGUGGACGCGGACGGAAACGGCACGAUCGACUUUCCCGAGUUUCUGACGAUGAUGGCCCGCAAGAUGAAGGACACGGACAGCGAGGAGGAGAUUCGCGAGGCCUUCCGAGUGCGUUUUUAAAGCUUUUCUGGCUUUCGUGUUGAUGAUUUGUGACCUAAAUUGAUUAAUUUUAGGUGUUCGACAAGGACGGCAACGGCUUCAUCUCGGCCGCCGAGCUGCGUCACGUCAUGACCAAUUUGGGAGAGAAGCUGACCGACGAGGAGGUCGACGAGAUGAUCCGCGAGGCGGACAUUGACGGCGACGGUCAGGUCAACUAUGAGGGUAAGGGAUUGCUGCAAAUUUUUGACAUUGGUUGCACCACAGAAUGAUCAGUUUUCCCCAGUCCUGGACGAGCGAUCUGCUUCCCGUUGCCUGAUAAAAUGAUGACGAAAAACGCGGGGCGUGGGAAAUACCAUUUGCGCGGUAGAAAAGAGAGAGGCGCGGACGGUAGACAGUUAAAAGCGCAAAGAAAUGAAUUUCAUGCUAUGCGCCUUUAACUGUCUACAAAUAGUAUUUUCCUCGCCCCACGUUUUUUCACCAAGCAAUUUCUCAAUCAACGCCCACCGAAUCGCUUGCCCAGGCCUGGGUAGCUUGGUAAAAUUUCUAGAACGUUUAAAAAAUGUUUUCUACUCCACUGAAUGAUGAAUGAUGAAAUAUUUCCAAGCAAUUUGGGAAUUUGCAGAUUCUUCUUGUUUUAACUGUGUUCUUUUUGCAGAGUUCGUCACCAUGAUGACGACCAAAUAG